AAUAUCAUAUUUGCAAUCAGUACAAAUAAGUGCAUUGACCUGUAAAUGUUUCAAACUUUUUUAAGAUUCUUUUUUUCUGACAAAAUUUUCACACUUGAAAUCUCCAGAAGCAUCCGUCAAAAAAUAAGUUUACAUCAAACAACUAUUUUUUAUUGUUGAAUCAUCUGUAAUUUUGUCCUUAAAUAACACGUUACAAGUUUGGAACAUGUUUUCCAUCGUCGCAAUGAUUUUUUGAUUAAGUUAAUUUUUUCACAGAUACUAGAGAAGAUUUCAGGUGUGAAAAUUUUGUCAGAAAAAAAGAAUCUUAAAAAAGUUUGAAACAUUUACAGGUCAAUGCACUUAUUUGUACUGAUUGCAAAUAUGAUAUUUUUUUUUUGAAGUGAAAUAAAUAAUAUUUUGCUUGAAAACCAUUGAAUAUCAGUCGAAAAAGUUAAAAAUUCAGCCUCACAAAUAGUGGAUUAGAAAUUUUAUUAUGUAUUCCAUUUUAUUUGUUUUAACAUAAAAAAUUGUGCGUUUUGUAAUGCUAGUUGAAAAGCUUUAUCGAUUGCAAAGUGAGCUAAGUGACAAGGAAGUUUCAUUAACACAAUAAUUAAACGACAAAUGGAAUGUGCACAUGAGUAUCCCAAACUCAACACAUAACCAAUGGAAGAUUUGUAUACGGCCUAGUAGAUUCAAAACAUUAUUUUAAAUGAAUGGUUCUAUUAUGAUAAUGUAGCAUGAACGAAGUACUAUAAAAAAAAAACAAAUUUGAAUAGCUCUUCAUCUUUACUUAUUUUCUGUUUAACGGAUAUCCAGUGUUGACUAGUAUUAAUUACUAACUGCGCAUUCAUUAUGUUAUGAAGAUACACUCUAUUUACAGUUAUGAUUGAAUUAAAAUGCCUCAAUUUUUUGCACCAAAAUGAUCAUUGACGAUAAGAAGGAAUUGAAAUGCUUUCUUGUGCGCUCCUGUCCUUUGCCCAAAAGCUAAAUAUUACAUGGCUGUCUAAUAUUCAAGAAACAAAGAAUAAAUAUUAUUUAUCUAUUACCAAUAAAAACAAUGUUAAAAACUUAUAGAAACAUUUGUUUGUUGAUCUUUCAAAAAUAAUCUAGCUUAUAAAGAUUAUACAUCUAAAAUCUGUUGAUUGUAUUGUUUUCAUUUGUCUAGAUAUUGAUGAAUGUGUUGAAAAUACAAAUAUCUGUCAAUAUAUGUGUGAAAAUCAAAUAGGAUCUUAUCGAUGUUAUUGUCCAAUUGGAUUUAAAAUCAAUAACUUAGGACACUGUCAAGAUAUUGAUGAAUGUCGCCAAUUUCAAAUUGAUUGUGGUCAAGAUCGUUCAUGUUUUAAUACUCAUGGUGCUUAUGAAUGUAUAGAUAUUCCAUGUCCUGUUGGAUAUACUCGUCAAAAUGAAAGUGACUGUUUAUUAAAAUGUUAUCAACGUUCAUCAUCUUGUCGUCCUCGUCAAGCUAUUUAUAUUCGUCAUAGAUUUAUUGCUGUUCCACGACUAACAUUAUCAAAUCGAACAUUAUUUAGUUUACCUAUAAUGGAUCGAAAUAAAAUUUCUAUAACAAUAAUUGAUAAAAAUAAUAUGAAUAUAUCUUUUCCUUUUAUACUUAAUGGUGGUGAUCUAAAAACAAAUCGAACAUUAUUUGAAUCAAAUGAAUAUGAGUUUGAAAUACAUUUAUACAAUAAUGAAUUAAAUGGUAAACAUUUAUCUCCUCAUCGUCGUCGUUUACAUACAAUAUUUGUAAUACGAAUUAAUAUUUCACCUUUUCAUUUUUGA